AGCAUUAGAAACUGAUGUUUCCAUUUGUGAUGUCCAUGGGUAUGGUUUGUCAUACAGCAGAGUGUCAGUAAGAUAUUCUUCAGUCUGACAGAUAUCGAAGAGAAAAAAAGAAAGGGCUGAGGUACUUUUAUAGACAGCUUCUACUCUUCUAUAGCAAAAAUCCUAUCAUGAUGGAAAAAUCCAUAUUUUGUACAGAACCAGCUUCUGAUCUUCUUACUCUGAAAGAAGAUACCAACAUUUACCUCUAUAUGAACCAGUUGCCUAAAGGAUCAGCCCAGAUUAAAUCACAGCUGCGUCUUAAUCCAAAUUCUGUAUCUGCAUUUGAAGCCAGUGAAGAACUGAGUCUGCAUGUGGCUGUUGGAGGCAAAAUUUAUCUUCCUGUUUACUGUCCUGCCAGUGUUGUUGAUAAAGUGAACAGUAUGUCUGCAAGUGACAAGUUGACAGGGUGGGAAGUUCUCGGUGUACAGGGAGCACUGCUGAGUCACUUUAUCCAGCCAGUUUAUAUCAGCAGUAUACUUGUUGGUGAUGGGAAUUGCAGUGAUACUAGAGGCUUAGAAAUUGCGAUAAAGCAACGUGUUGAUGAUGCACUCAUGUCAAGUCUUCCAAUGUUUUACUUAGUCAACAGGCCUCAUAUUAGCUUAGUGCCCUCUGUAUACCCAUUUCAAAUGAAUUUGGAAUAUAAAUCUCUGAGUAUGAACUGGGCACAAGGGGACCUUGCUCUGGAGAUUGUGGAUGGCCUAAAUGGGAAAAUCACUGAAAGUUCCCCAUUUAAAAGUGGUGUGUCAAUGGCAAGUCGGCUUUGUAAGGCUGCAAUGUUAAGUAGAUUUAAGCUGCUUGCCAAGGAAGCAAAAAGAGACUAUUUAUUUAAACCGAGUACAUAUUAUGCAGCUAAGCAAAAUACCUGAGAUUGGACAACUUUAUAAGAAAACGGAUGUAUUUAGUUCAUAGUUUGGAGGUUCAAGCUCACAGCACCAGGAUCAGCUCAACUCUGGAGAACAUCUCUGGGUGGAUGCUGUCCUAGUAGUGACCUCAUGUGUAGGAGGAAGAAAUUGCAUAACCAGACAGGAAGUAUAGCACCAAUCCAGGGGUCAAUCUCAGGCUUCUGUAACAACUUGUUCUCAUAAGAACUAACUCUGGGGUCCUUUCCUCUUAAGGACAUUAAGAGAAUGUCCUUAAUCCCCCUCCCAUGGCAUGAACUGAAUGUCCUUAAUCCUUCCCAUGGCAUGAUCUCCCACUAGGCUGCACUUCUUAAUAACUCUGCACAGAGGACAACAUUCCAAAACAUGAGCCCUUGGAGGUCAAACUCAAACUAUAUCCAAAACAUAGCAGUUGUAUUUUCCAAAGCUGAAAACUUCCUGGAAUAUUAAGGAAGUAUUAUGAUGCCAAGUUUAAUAUGUCCUUCUGCUUUUGAGAGCAACUGUAUUUUAAGAAACUUGUUAUUUUGAAAUAAUUAUUGACUCAUAAGAUGUUCCAAAAAUAAUACAAAUAGAUCCUAUGUAUAUAUCACCCAGUUCCUUCAAUGAUACAUUUACUUAAAGCAUUUAUGUUACAUUAGCAAAACCAGGAAAUUGACAAAGGCACAACACAAUUAACUCAACCUCAGGCUUAACUCAGAUUUCACAAGUUUUGCCAUCAUUCCUUUUUUAAGUAUAUAGUUUUAUGAAAUAUUUUUGUACAUGUAAAUUUAUGCAGUCACCACCACAAACUGAAAAAAAAAAAAUGCUCUACUACCACUGAAUAACUCCAUCAUGUUGCUCUGUAGGCAUACCCUCUCUCGUCACCUCUGGAAACCAUUGAAAUGUUCUCUCUAUAUAUACUUUUGUCAUUUUGAGAAUGUUAUAUAGAUUUAUAACCUUUGGAAACUGGUAGUUUUUAUUCAAUAUAAUAACCUUCAAAUCAAUCCAAGUUGUUUCAUAUAUCAGUGAUUUGUUUUUUUAUUGCUGAGUAGUGUUCCAUUUUAUAUAUAUAAAUUUCCUAAUUUCUCUCAUCAACUUUAUAUAUUUUCUGACAUAUAUGUGGUAUUUGCUGUGAUAUAUGACAUCCUCUAGGGUCCCCCAUAUGUAGGUAACACCAUCUGUUAAAACAAAUCAUACUAUUUUUUUUUCCUGAAGUGUGUAUACAUGUUUUUGGCAGACUCUAUAUGUGUGUGUGUGUGUGUGUGUGUGUGUGUGUGUGUGUGCGCUUAGGGACAUUUGAGUUCUUUCCAUUUUUGGCUCUUAUGAAUAAAACCUGUAAGGCACAUUCAUAUAUUUUUAUUGUGGUAAAAUCAACAUAAAACUCUUUAUUUUUAGGCAUACAGUUCCAUACUAUGAAAUAUACUCACUGUUGUGCAACCAUCACCGUUAUCCAUUUCCAGAAGUUUUUGUGAUCUCAAAGAAAAACUGUAUCUUCAUUAAACAAUAACUUCCCAUUCUCUACCUCUCCAGUCCCCUCGUAAGCUCUGUCUGUUGUCUGUCUCUAUUCAUGUGCUUAUUCUACAUAAUCCUUGAAAGUAUAACAUACAAUAUUUGCUCUCGUGUGUAUGAAUUACUUGGUGUCUUAGCAUAUAUUUAAGGUUUAUUUAUGUUAUAGCAUGUGUCAAAGUUUCCUUCCUCUUUUAAUUCCAAAUAAUGUCCCACUGCAUGCAUAUAGUGCAUUUUCGUUAUUGUUUAUCAAUUCAUCUGAUGAUAGACAUUUGAAUUGCUGCUCUCUUUGGGAUUAUAUAUAUUCAUAUGUUCUGUUGCAUUGACCUGAAGUAUUUAUUGAAAAGCUGCCUUCCCUCUGCUGAAUUAAAUAUAUGUAUCUGAUGUAAACGUAUAUACAUCUUAAUUAUUAUGUCUUAAUUAUUAUGUAGCUUUACAAUAAAUCGUAAUGUUUAAUAA